AUGUCCACCACCUCCCAGGCCAGCGUGUCCAAGACAGAACAACACCUCCGCUCUCUCCGCUUCCUCUCCUGGUCGUCCCGCCUGCUCAUAUGGUCCCUCAUAUCCGCCUCAGCGCUCCUUUUCCCCCUCUUUGACGCCUCGCCAAAGCUUGUAAUAUCUGACGGCGACGCAUGGACGACCAAGGGCGCAAGCGCGCUCCUGCGCUGGGACGCCUUCCACUUCCUGCACAUCGCCGACGCGGGAUACGUCUACGAGCACGAAUGGGCGUUCUUCCCCGGCGCGCCCGCGCUCAUGCGGCUCUCCGGCGCGCUCCUCGCGCGCGUCUUCGGCGCGGUGUCCUCCGCCUCGCCGCAGAACGCGCGGCUGCUCGCGAUGAUGCACGGCGGCGCGCUGCUCGGCGCGCUGCUCGAUGCGCGGUGCGGUGUGCUGCUGUACGAGCUUACGCUGCACCAUUUUGGAUCGUCGGGGUUCGCGUAUGUGAGUGCGCUGUUGGGGCUGGUGGGGAGUAGUCCUGCGGCGCUGCGGUAUGCGGCGUAUACGGAGCCGUUUUUUGCGUAUUUCUCGUUCAAGGGGAUGUUGUGCUGUGCGAGGAAGCGGUGGGUCCGUGCGGCGGCGUGCUUUGCGUGUGCGGGUGCACUGAGGUCGAAUGGGGUGUUGCUUGCGGGGUUCGUGGGGUGGGGGAUGGUGGGCGAGGUGGUGGUGAGCGGGCGGGGGCGUGAGUUAACGCCCUCUCGCAUCGCAUACGCGGCCCUCUUAACGGCUCUCCCGUUCGCCCCGUUCGUGUGGCACAACUACGCCGCCUACGUGCUAUUCUGCGCGUCACCCUCUAGCCGUGAACCUACCGCUGAGUGGUGCACGCGCACGAUUCCCUCGAUCUACGGAUACGUCCAGGACCGAUACUGGAACGUCGGCUUCCUGCGCUACUGGACGCUCUCGAACGCGCCCAACUUCCUCCUCGCGCUCCCGGCGCUCGUCCCCGUGCUCGCGUUCUGCAUGUCCUAUCUGCGCGGCGUGGCUCGUAUCCUGCUGCAGCCCGUACCCGCACAGUCCAAACGCAACGACACGCCUUCCCCUUCCCCGCUCGCCUCCCUCCGCGCCUUCUUCACCGACCCCCACCCGCGCCCCACAGACCCCUUCAUCCGCCCCUCACUCCUCCCACACGUCCUCCACGCCCUCGCCCUCUCGCUGACCCUCCUCUUCGCCGCACACACGCAGAUCGCACUGCGCGUCCUCCCCACCGUCCCCCUCGCGCACUGGGCGCUCGCGUGGGCGCUCACACGGCUCCCGCGGCGGUGCGGCAGGGUGCUGCUCGCGUGGUACGUGUGCUGGGCGCUUUGUGCGUGUGUGCUCUGGGCGGUGUUUUUGCCGCCUGCGUGAGCCUCGGCUCGGAUUGUGAGGAUUUCGGAUUAAUUUUUUUUUUCCUUUUCCUUUCCCGUGGAGGAUGGGCUUUGCGGUGCCGCUGCUGGGGUAGAUGGGGAGAUGCGCAUGGCAGAUCGGAGACGAUGACAGGAGGGAUGGAAGGUUGGCCUAGGUGAGUUUCGGGUUCGAGUGCCCUCGUUGGCCGCUCGGAGAGGUCUUGUGUCUUGGAUCGUAACGGCUAGACAAGGCUGCGACAAAUGGGAAUAUUGCCGCUUGCGGGUACAUGCAUCAUUUGACGAUCUGCGUUGCUCGAAUGAGGGGGCAGGAGCGACUC